GGACAAAGUGAGAGUUCGAGAGAUUCCCCACAGUAAAGCAUAUCCAGUAGCCGUUACGUGUAACACAUACGAGUACUGUCACUGCAACAGCUUAUAUUUACGCCAUUCCGCCAUUCCAUAACACUACAUACAGUAGUAUAUAUUCAAUUUUUAAGAAUCCUGUCACUGCUGCUACAGUAGCUGGGGAUCUACCUACGUUUUUCUUUUUGGACCUAGUUCCCAUUUCUUAUCUGGCCCUUUUCGAUCAUGGACUCACUCAAGAAACCUGGCCAGAUUGAGGCCCACGAUGGCUCCUCUCUCCGUGUUGGAAUCGUCCACGCCCGCUGGAACACCGCUGUGAUUGAGCCUCUUGUGGCCGGUGCCAAAAAGACCUUGCACGCCGCUGGCGUCAAGGACGAGAACAUUGUGGUGCAAACGGUUCCUGGAAGCUGGGAAUUGCCUAUUGCUGUGCAGCGCCUCUACUCUGCAUCCCAGGUGCAAUCAUCGAAAUCAUCUUCUCUCGGAGCCGGAGACCUGCUCGGUGGCAGCACCGACCUGAGCAAGAGCGCUACGGCAAGCUCCGCCUCGACCGCGGCGUUCGAUGCGAUUAUUGCUAUCGGCGUCCUGAUCAAGGGCGAGACCAUGCACUUUGAGUACAUUGCCGACGCAGCGUCAAAUGGACUCAUGCGUGUAUCCCUGGACUCGGGCGUGCCUGUCAUUUUUGGCCUGUUGACAGUCUUGAAUGAGGAACAGGCGUUGGCGAGAGCGGGUGUGGGCGGUAAAGGCCACAACCAUGGUGAAGACUGGGGCAGUGCUGCUGUUGAGCUGGGCAUUAAGCGCCGCGAGUGGGCAGAGGGUAACAUAUUAUAAACUGGGUGGUUUUGAGCACCAUCUUUUUGAGACUAUUUUAAAAAUCCUUUAGAGAUUGGUUUCUCAGAUAUUUUCUUUUGGAUAUCAUAUAAAAAAAAAAGGAGGAAGCUUUUCGAAAGAAGUAAUUCGACUUCUAUUUUGAAAUGGACUAUAUCUAAUCUACAUCUGAUUGCUCAUCAUAUAUAGUCUGAUCGUUUGCAGGCCAAAAUAUU